CGUAGCUGUCAGUAGGAACUGCGGGCGGCGGGUGAAGGAUGUGUCCGCACCGCUGCGCUUGGAUGAAUUAAACAAAGGAAGACAUUUUGGGGAUGAAAAGUACCAGCGAGCAGUUUGCUCGAUUGGAAUGGUUACAAAUUCAGUGUGUUUGGAAGAAGUAGAGGAGACGUCCGGCUAGCAAGCGUAGAGUAUAGGCUAACCUAGUUUAGCUAGCUGCUAGCCUAGCUGGCUAGCACACCAUCCGCAGGACGUCAGCGCGUCCACAUCCUCGCCGUGCUUGGCGGUGCCUGCUCCGGUGUCGCCUCCCUGCUGCUUUCUUCUCUGCCGAGGUGGUUUGCGGAGCCGUAACUGUGGCGGGGCAACGCGCGUCACCCGUGGCGACCCGGGCGGACGGAUUCAAGUGACAACGCCGGGAGUGGGACAGCUCUCAUCGGAGCAUGGCCGAACUUUCAACCUUGUCUCCGUCGCCGCCCACUUUGGGCGACCCCCACGUGGCUCCCUCCGUUCCCUCGUCCUCGCCGGUGGCCCCUGCUCCGCCCACACCCAUGUCUUUGACUGGAAACACCCCCGCAGCUAAGCCAGAGGGCGUGACCUCUGCGCUGCAGCCACCUCAGAGUCCUUCAAAGGUCGUCCCCCAGAGCCCUGUGGGUGCCCCGUGCGUGGAUCAGGGGGCGGCGCCACAGAAGCAGGACGAUGAGGCAGCAAAGACUGGAGCUCAUGUUGAGUGUCAGGAGCUUCUCUGCAACGAAGCACCAGUUGCAGCCUCACAAGAUGCAUUCUCCAGUGAGCCAGCCCCUCAGAGGGAGGUACAACAGGUGUCCCCCUCCCCUGACCUCACCCCUGGCCCGAAUCUCUACCCCAGUGUGCACGUCACCGACAACCCGCACCCUGGAGUGGAUGGCACCACCCAACCCACAGGCGCUGACACCACAGCAGCCGAGGAGGAGAAACCUCAGCAAGGACAUUCCCCCAGGAGUCCACCUCCACCUAUCUCCCCCAAGCCUCAGAGUCCCAUUAAAGCACAGCCGCCAUGCAGCCCCACCGCCAGGGCCGGGCACCCUUGCCCAACGGUGCCGCUCAUCCAAGAGCCUGCCCCCUGCCUCCCACUGGCCACCUCGCGCCCUGCCCCAGACACUCUCAGCUACCUAGAAUCGGCCAGCCUGAUGUCGGGCACCCUGGAGUCCCUGUCUGGCCUGGGGGAGGACGGAAGCUCGGUGGGCUCGGACUCGGAAAUCAAUGGCUUGGCGGUCAAGCGCACUGACAAGUACGGAUUUUUGGGUGGCAAUCAGUACAGCGACAUCAGUGACAAGGAAGUUCGAGUUGAAGUGUCCCGGCAGAGGGAGAUGAAAUGGCUGGAUAUGUUCAACAAUUGGGAUAAGUGGGUGAAACAUCGCUUCCAGAAGGUGAAGCUGCGCUGCAGGAAAGGGAUUCCGUCGUCCCUCAGGGCCAAAGCCUGGCAGCUGCUGUCCAACAGCCAGGAGCUGCUCGAGGCCAACAGCGGCAAGUUUGAGGAGCUGGAGAGGGAGCCAGGAGAGGCCAAGUGGUUGGACAUCAUUGAGAAGGAUCUCCACAGGCAGUUCCCCUUCCACGAGAUGUUUGCUGCACGUGGGGGCCAUGGGCAACAGGAUCUUUACCGGAUCCUCAAGGCCUACACCAUCUACAGGCCAGAUGAGGGCUACUGCCAGGCCCAGGCUCCUGUGGCUGCUGUGCUGCUCAUGCACAUGCCUGCUGAGCAAGCCUUCUGGUGCCUGGUCCAGAUAUGUGAGAAGUACCUUCCGGGCUACUACAGCGCCGGGCUGGAGGCCAUCCAGCUGGACGGCGAGAUCUUCUUCUCGCUGCUGCGCCGCACGUGUCCCAUAGCCUACCGCCACCUCAAGAAGUUCAAGAUUGACCCCAUUCUGUAUAUGACCGAGUGGUUCAUGUGCAUCUUCUCACGUACUCUGCCGUGGGCAUGCGUGCUGCGUGUGUGGGACAUGUUCUUCUGUGAAGGCGUGAAGAUCGUGUUCCGUGUAGGCCUGGUGCUGCUCAAACAGAUGCUCGGCUCCGCGGACAAACUGGGGGAGCUGCAGGGCAUGUACGAGACCAUGGAGCGUCUGAGGAGCAUCUCCCCCGACACCAUCAGGGAGGACACUCUGGUGCAGGAGGUGAUUCUGCUGCAGGUCACCGAGGGGCUGAUAGAGCGGGAGUGCACCAUCCAGGUGAGGAAGUGGAGAGAGUCCAGAGGGGAGCUGACGCACCAGCCGGGCCACCGCCUUCACGGUACCAGAGCCAUCUUUGAGCACAAACGCCGCGCCGCCUCCAUCAGCUCCGGUGGCAGUUUCUCUUUCUUGGGCAGCUCCAUUCCUCCGCCAGGACCCCUCCGGGCCUCCUCAUCUUUACUCUCACUUCCUGGCUUCCGGAAGUCCAAAGCACCUUUCCACUCUCAAGCCAAGAAAGGCUCCUUCUCUGGUCCGUCUGGUUCUGAGGGGAUGCGUCCUCAGUCGCCUCCCGCGGCCACAUCCAUCUCGGCCCGUGGCACCAGCCACAAACCACCCAUUCCUCCUGGGGCGGGGCAGAGGGCGCCCCAGGUGCAGAGCCCUCUAGUUGGGAGCGGAACACCUCCUUGUGGACCCUCUCUGGCCCCGGACACGCCACCUCCAAGUCAAAGCACACCCCCGCCCAACACUCUGUCUCCCUCCCCGAGGAUCGUCUCCGAGCAGAUCACGCCCGCUAUCCCCUCCCCCACCGCCAACAACGCUCCUCUGCCGCCUUGCGUUGACGUCAAGAAGGAAACGGCUGAGGCCACACCGACGCCGCCACCGCCCAUUGGGGAAGAUGGACGCAAGAAGAAGAAGAGCAAAGAGGACAAGAAGAAGGAGCGGGAGGACGAGAAGAAGAAGCUGAAGGAGAAGAAGGAGAGGGAGAAGGCCGAGAAGGAGCGGCUGAAGAAGGAGAAGGAGAGGCUGGAAAAGGAGAAGAAGAAAGGGGGCAAGAAAAAGGACAAAGGAGGGGCACAGGCCGAAGAUAAAAAUGGAGCGGCGGCAGCGAGAGAUUCGGCCUAGUUUGACCAUCAAAAGAAAGAGGUCAGCGGGACAAAAGACCCUCAGAGAUGGAGCGUUGCAUAAAAUAAUGGAAUGACCUUCAGGAUGGUGGUUUUAAAAAGCACCAUGGGGUGCGGGGUGGGAGGCUUUUUGCUCCUCUUCUAUGUUUUAAACAGGCUGUGAGCUCGUUUUCAUUACAGUCCUCUUUUCAACUAAUAUUUUAAUUUGAAUGCAGCGAGGAAGACUGAGGUGCCACAGAAGAUGUAAAUAAUAAUAACAACCUCCACCUCCACUUGCCUCCAAAGACAUUUAAUUGGCUCCUGUUCAUCGCUUCCUGCCCGCCUCCCCCAGCUGUACUACAUGUGGGAAAACCCCUGGAAGACAGAACCUUUCUGUCCCGCAGCCGGAUGUUGACAAACUUAUUUAUUGUCUCGUUAGAUGUUGUGUGUGCCUUAGUAGCGUAGUGUCACUGUGGCGUGUGCGCCCCCCCUGCUGACGUGGACCCGGAGGGACACACACAACACACAAGACCAGGGAGAAGAGUCCAACCAUGUAGAGGUGCUUCAGAGAGGAGUGUGUGUGUUUUUAUUUUUAACUACGACUUUUUUGGGUUCGUCUUAGGUUUUUCUUUUUAAUAGUUUUUAGUUUUGGCCUCAGUGCUGACACCUGAAGCAGACGUGUAAUGACAUACGAGUGUUAAUAACAACAAGGAAAUUAGACCAAUAAGUAUUACUUAAAAAAACAAAACAAGUAUGCAUUUAAUUUAACCAAAUGUCAGAAUGUGCCCGGAGCUUCCGAAGACGAUGAAGGAUGACCUUUGCACUUGUGAGCUAGUCACACUGAAGUCCACCAAUGCCGUGGUUCUCUGAGUUAUUAAAAAAAAGAAAAACACUUAAGUUUCCUGCCACUCCUAAUGAGCGCGUUAGGAAGCUGCUUGACCCCGUGGUGCCAGGUGCGCCCAUGUAGCAUUAUCCUUCGGGCCCUGAUGUAUUUAUGUACAAAGUUGGCUAAUUUAAUCAAAUAUAUUAUGAAUAUUAUUAUUUUGGAUCGGACUAUUUUUCUAUAUGAGUAGCGAGCGCCUGGUUGACUGGAACGUUGUCCGACUGCACACGACGUUGCCGCUUUCCUUCUUUUUUUUUGAAGCAAGUAGUCUUCAGCGAGAAGCUCGAUGCUGUAGUGAACUUUUUGGGAGUUGAAGGUCUUAACUGGUGAGCGUCACUUCCUGCUUCUUCAUUUGUGAGCUCGUCGCCCCGCCGUGCGUGUUGCCUAGGCUACUAUUUACGCUCGGUGUUCUGGACCGUUAACGUAUUGUGACAACGGGCCACCAGGACCGGAUGAGCAGCGCCAAACGCCCUCUCCUCCGCCGCCUCGGGUUGUCUUAGUGAAGGAUUGUGGGACUUUGUGUAGCCAACAUGUCCUCCCAUUAGCCGCCAUGCCAGUACGAACACGCGCACGCCGGUGUAGCGUUGACCUGAACACUUCUAUGCAAACUGAUCUUCACCAUACCCUUGGCGGGACUGAAAAAGAAUGGUCUUGGACGCCGCCGUCAAGUGAGCAAUAUGUCCUCGCAGCGCUCCAUGCGUCGCCAUGGUGACCAGACUCACCGAGGACAACAAAGAAAACGAAGUGCAUUUCCGUCAGGUCCUUUUGUGCAUUUCUUAUCUGAAAAACAUAGUUCUGUGUUAAAUUUGAACCACUCCACUGAUGCAAAUAUUUAAAAGGCUGUUUGUCUUUUUAUUUUGUGUGUGCGUUUUUUUAGUUUACAAGUCACUCCGGUGAAAGUCAGUUAAAAUCUAGGCUAAUUGAAUCCAUUCCUUCACACCUACAAGUGAUGUAUUACAUGAUCAUGAUGAUGACAUUUGUGAUGAGUAAUAAACCAUAAUAAUAUAUUACAUUAGCUAUUCUCCUAUGUAUUCUUGCGACACUGGUAGAGGUAAUAUUUCUAAACAAAAAAGAAGAUGGAAGAAACGUGCCAGAUAUUUUUAGUAAAUCAUCUCGUUUCAUUUUUAGCCAGUUAAAGUAGGCAGAGUUAUUAUUUUUACCGAAGGUUCAUCCGCUAUGUUGUUUUUAUGAUUAGUGCAGUCGUUUUGCAAAACAACAUAAAACGCUGUAACUUGUGUUUAUGGUGUGUGUGUGGUUUUAGCUGUCUUCUCGUACAUGCAGUUACAUGGAUCUCCACUGGGUGUCGUCAAAUCUGACUCUGUUUUGACUUGUAUUCAUUGUUAGCUCCCGCCAUCCCUACCCCACAGAGCCACGGAACACAGACGCUAUUGUACAAAAAGAAAGAGGUUUUUAUUCACAGUUUGUCCCUUUUAUUCAUUACAGAGGAAGGCGAGGAGGCGUCGUUGAGUUUACAGAGGAAGAGUGGACCACUCAGGAAGGCGAGGAGAGAAAGUAAUCGAAGACGUUUUCUUUCGGCCAUUUCUCUCCUUACCUUCUGACAUAUCCUCACUUAAAGGAGACACGUACAUCAUCUCCAACUAUUACACUUGCACUCUUUUUUUCUCUAGCCAAGAGGACCUCUUCAGAAUGGGAAUGAGGCCCUCAGGUGGUCUGCUCCUCUCCUCCAGUGGGCUCCUGUCAAGGCAAGAGGGCCACUAGGAGGACUCUUUUACGGACCUUUUAUGACUCUGUGGUGGCCUCAGCCAUCUUCUAUGCUGUGGGCUGCUGGAGAAGGGGCAGCACGGACAGGGACAGGAGCAGGAUCAAUAGGCUGAUCAGGAGAGCGAGCUCUGUCCUGGACGGUUCUCUGGACUCUGUGGAGGAAGUGGGGGAGAGAAGGAUGUUGGCUAAGCUGACAUCCAUCAUGGACAACACCUCUCACCCGCUACAUGACACUGUUGUUUCCCUGAGCAGCUCCUUCAGCAGCAGACUGUUACACCCACGGUGUAAGAGGGAGAGGUUCCGCAGGUCCUUCAUACCGACCGCUGUCAGGCUCUACAACACCUGCACCACCUGAACCAUGUUGUAGACACUAUGCUUUCUUUACACUGUACUCUUUACUUGUUUUGCUUGCUUGCUGCUGUAACAAGUAAAUUUCCCUGCUGUGGGAUAAAUAAAGUACAUA